UUGUAUGCAUUUACCGCCAUAUAUAUCUUCGGUGAGCCGAUGAUAAUUGUUACAAAUCUUUUACUGCUUGUAAGUUUGCUUAUUUUGCCGUUUCUAUUUCAUCAGCAAAAAUUGCAAGAAACAAUUGCGGUUAAAUUUGUGUAAGCUGUAUCCCUAAAUAACACAUUUCGUACGUUGGGCGCAAUAAUGAGUAAUAUAUUCGGUAUAGAAGACGAUCAAUAUGACGAGGAAGAUGCAGACGAAAUCUCGUCCAAGCUCUGGCAGGAGGCCUGCUGGAUCCUCAUCAACGCGUACUUCGACGAAAAGGGACUCGUUCGACAGCAGCUGGACAGCUUUGAUGAAUUUAUCGAGAUGUCCGUUCAACGUAUCGUGGAGGAUUCGCCGCAGAUCGAGCUACAGGCGGAGGCGCAGCAUACCACAGGCGAAAUCGAGAAACCUGUAAAACACCUAUUGAAAUUCGAACAGAUCUAUCUGUCGAAGCCGACCCAUUGGGAGAAGGACGGCGCGCCGUCCCCCAUGAUGCCCAAUGAAGCCAGAUUGAGAAACUUAACUUAUUCCGCGCCAUUGUACGUGGAUAUUACCAAGACGAUUGAGAAGGACGGCGAGGACCCGAUCGAGACGCAGCAUCAGAAAACGUUUAUUGGCAAGAUACCCAUCAUGUUGAGAUCCAAGUACUGUCUGCUUGCCGGUCUGUCUGACCGUGAUCUGACAGAACUGAACGAGUGCCCGUUAGAUCCCGGUGGGUAUUUUAUUAUCAAUGGUUCGGAGAAGGUCUUGAUAGCGCAGGAAAAAAUGGCGACAAACACCGUUUACGUAUUCAGCAUGAAGGAUGGUAAGUACGCCUACAAGGCAGAGAUUCGGUCCUGCCUGGAACACAGCUCACGCCCUACCUCGACUCUAUGGAUCAACAUGAUGGCUAAGAGCGGUGCCAGUAUUAAGAAGUCCGCCAUCGGUCAGCGUAUCAUCGCCAUUAUUCCUUACAUCAAGCAGGAGAUUCCUAUAAUGGUAGUUUUUCGGGCGCUUGGCUUCGUUGCCGAUCGCGACAUUCUCGAACACAUCAUCUACGACUUCGACGAUCCUGAGAUGAUGGAGAUGGUGAAGCCAUCCCUGGAUGAGGCAUUUGUCAUACAAGAGCAGAACGUCGCUCUGAACUUCAUCGGCACAAGAGGUGCCAAGCCAGGCGUGACCAAAGAGAAACGGAUCAAGUACGCCCGCGAGAUCCUACAAAAGGAGAUGCUACCGCAUGUCGGCAUAAGCGACUUCUGCGAGACGAAGAAGGCCUACUUUCUUGGCUACAUGGUUCACAGACUGCUAUCAGCGUCUCUAGGACGAAGAGAACUGGACGAUCGCGAUCAUUACGGCAACAAGAGACUAGACCUGGCCGGACCUUUGCUGGCGUUUUUAUUCCGCGGGCUGUUCAAGAACCUGAUGAAGGAGGUGCGCUUGUACGCGCAGAAAUUUAUCGAUCGUGGAAAGGACUUUAAUCUCGAACUGGCGAUCAAGACGAAGAUCAUCACGGACGGCUUGCGGUACUCGCUUGCCACAGGCAAUUGGGGCGACCAGAAGAAGGCGCAUCAGGCGCGAGCGGGCGUGUCACAGGUGUUGAACCGACUGACUUUCGCAUCGACGCUGUCGCAUCUGCGACGUGUGAACUCACCGAUCGGUAGGGACGGGAAAUUGGCUAAACCACGUCAACUGCACAAUACGCUAUGGGGUAUGCUCUGUCCCGCGGAGACUCCGGAGGGCGCUGCCGUCGGCCUGGUAAAAAAUCUCGCACUGAUGGCGUACAUAAGCGUCGGUUCGCAGCCCUCCCCUAUCCUGGAAUUCUUGGAGGAGUGGUCCAUGGAGAAUCUCGAGGAGAUAGCCCCGAGUGCGAUUGCCGACGCCACAAAGAUAUUUGUCAACGGCUGUUGGGUCGGUAUCCAUCGAGACCCGGAUCAGCUAAUGGCCACUCUGCGCAAGUUGAGACGGCAGAUGGACAUUAUCGUGUCGGAGGUAUCGAUGGUCCGCGAUAUUAGAGAUCGUGAGAUAAGGAUAUACACGGACGCUGGCAGGAUAAGUAGACCCCUGCUUAUAGUGGAGGGUCAAAAUUUACUUUUGAAGAAGAGGCACAUUAAUAUGUUGAAGGAAAGAGAUUACAAUAAUGACGGGUGGCAGGAAUUAGUAGGCAGUGGUGUAGUAGAAUAUAUAGACACUCUGGAAGAAGAGACUGUUAUGAUAGCUAUGUCACCUGAUGAUCUUAGACAAGAGAAAGAGUACGCGUAUUGUACAACGUACACACACUGCGAGAUUCAUCCAGCAAUGAUUUUGGGCGUGUGUGCCUCAAUUAUUCCGUUCCCUGAUCAUAAUCAGAGCCCCAGGAAUACUUAUCAGAGUGCUAUGGGUAAACAAGCCAUGGGUGUGUAUAUUACGAAUUUUCACGUGCGAAUGGAUACAUUGGCUCACGUAUUGUAUUAUCCACAUAAACCGUUGGUUACAACGAGAUCUAUGGAAUACCUUAGAUUCCGCGAAUUGCCAGCCGGCAUUAACAGUAUCGUCGCGAUUCUGUGUUACACGGGAUAUAAUCAGGAGGAUAGCGUUAUUCUGAAUGCAAGCGCCGUCGAAAGGGGGUUCUUCAGAUCAGUGUUUUAUCGCUCUUACAAGGAGUCUGAGUCGAAAAAAAUUGGCGAUCAAGAAGAACAAUUCGAGAAACCAUCUCGCUUGACUUGCCAGGGAAUGCGCAACGCCAUAUAUGACAAAUUAGAUGACGACGGCAUCAUCGCGCCUGGAAUUCGAGUGUCAGGCGACGACGUAAUCAUAGGAAAGACGAUUACUCUACCGGAAACGGAUGACGAGCUGGAUAGUACAACAAAACGUUUUACAAAACGUGACGCGUCGACCUUUUUGCGAAACAGCGAAACCGGUAUAGUCGAUCAAGUGAUGCUGACUUUGAAUAGCGAGGGAUAUAAAUUCUGCAAGAUUCGAGUACGCAGUGUGCGUAUUCCACAAAUCGGAGAUAAAUUCGCGUCUCGUCACGGACAGAAGGGUACAUGCGGAAUUCAGUACAGGCAGGAAGAUAUGCCGUUCUCUUGUGAGGGCCUCACACCCGAUAUCAUUAUUAAUCCUCACGCUAUCCCUUCUCGUAUGACUAUCGGUCACUUGAUAGAAUGCAUUCAAGGAAAAGUUUCCGCCAAUAAAGGAGAGAUUGGUGAUGCUACUCCAUUUAAUGAUGCUGUGAACGUGCAAAAGAUCUCUACGCUUCUGCAAGAAUAUGGUUAUCAACUGCGAGGAAAUGAAGUGAUGUAUAAUGGACAUACAGGUCGUAAGAUUAAUGCACAAGUCUUUUUGGGACCGACAUAUUAUCAACGGUUGAAACACAUGGUAGACGAUAAAAUCCACAGUAGAGCGAGAGGACCUGUGCAAAUUUUAGUUAGACAACCUAUGGAAGGUCGAGCGAGGGACGGUGGACUUCGUUUCGGAGAAAUGGAACGGGAUUGUCAAAUUUCUCACGGAGCGGCCCAAUUUCUACGAGAACGUUUGUUCGAAGUGUCAGAUCCAUAUAGAAUUCAUAUUUGCAACUUCUGCGGUUUAAUUGCUAUAGCGAAUUUGCGGAACAAUACUUUCGAGUGUAAAGGAUGUAAAAACAAAACGCAAAUUUCGCAAGUUAGACUACCGUAUGCAGCAAAGUUACUUUUCCAGGAAUUAAUGGCAAUGAAUAUUGCACCCAGGCUCAUGAUACAUUGAAUCUUCUCUCUUUUUCUGUAAAUAAUUUAUUUUAUGUAAAAUAUCGACUUAUCAUUGUAUAUACAGAUUGCAUACAGUAUUGUCCUAUAAUAAAAUGACAGACAGACAGAUAAACAGCUUUUAAUAAAUUUCUGAUAUGGCAUCAGUAAGUAUUUAUUAAUAAUAAAAUAUAAUAGUAAUCUUUAUACGUAUUUAUAUUUUCAAUAUUUGAUGAAUGUUUAUCAGUUUUUGUGAUAAUAAAGUGAAUUAUUCUAUUAGUU